GGCGGUUGUUUCAAGAUGGCGGAUGUGGCCGCGGGGCCGAGGCCGGAAGGAGCCGCUUACUGGAGUCGGGACCUUUCUGACGAAGACCAGUCGGUGGUAUACAUCCCAGGCGUUUCCGCAGAGAGGAAUUUUAGCGCGAGACCCCUGCCGAGAAGUCAGCAAGCGGGAGCGAAGGCCAAGAAACCCGUUGCGCCUGCUUCUGUCCCAAUGGAUGCCUCGAACCACGUUGGGGAAGCUGCCGGACAACAGGUCUCCGACAAAGGAGGGAUGAAGAGCGCUUCUCUCAAGGAUUUAUGUCCCGAAGACAAGAGGCGUAUCGCAAACUUAAUUAAGGAGCUCGCAAGGGUGAGCGAAGAGAAAGAGGUGACGGAGGAGCGGCUGAAAGCCGAGCAGGAGUCCUUCGAGAAGAAGAUCAGGCAACUGGAGGAGCAGAACGAACUCAUCGUCAAAGAAAGGGAAGCCCUGCAGCAGCAGUACAGAGAAUGCCAGGAGCUGCUGAGCCUCUAUCAGAAGUAUCUCUCCGAGCAGCAAGAAAAGCUCACCCACUCUCUCUCGGAGCUCGAGGCCGCCAAGCAGAAGGAGCAUCAGAUGUCCCAUCAGAGAAGUCUCUCUCAGCCGCAUUUUGAGCUGGACGGGUCGUACCUCAAUGUAGCAAGACAGCAGACUCUGCACAAAAACAACCGAAGCUGCCGUUUUGCAACCGUGGCUCAGCAGUGUCCAAGCGGCCCCGUUCCCGAGGCUUCAGUCCACGAGGGCAGACCAGGAGACUGGAGCAGGGGCCUGCUAGAACACAGCUUCUUACAUGGGAAGUGCAACAACCUGAUAUCCCCGGGCAAGUCAAAGGAGCUUCCCCGUACGAAAAGAACUCCCGAUGCCGGUCAGAGGAGCAACGAGUGCCCUCUUUCAACGUGUGUGUUUCACAGGAAGGCUCGCAGCACGGAUUGCAGCUUCUUCCAGGAGGAGGAGGGCCGCCCCACUCCAAGAAGACGCUCCGGACUUCACUGUGGGUUGUCGCCGGACCACUCCGGCCCCUCGUGUUCGUCGGGGCCGAACGGCAGCCCAGGCUCUGGAUCGAGAGAGAAGGGGCGGGGCAGGAGGCUGUCUGAAGAGAAGAGGAAGCAGCUCCUGCUGCAAAAGAUGGAGCUGGAGAUCGAAAAGGAGCGCCUACAGAACCUCUUGGCCGAAAAGGAGGCCAAGCUCUUGCUUCAACAGCAGCAGCUGUACCAGUCCCGGCUGGCUUACAACAGGUGUAAAGGGCAUCCUCCUGAUUCGGAAGACCUUCUGGUUGACGCAGUGCUGAUGAGACCGGGGGGGCCGGCCCCUGUGUUGAAUGGCCCUGGCAGGAUCCUCAGCCCCGCCAGGUCCGACCGCGAAGGUUGCCUCUCUAUAACACCAGCCUCAGGGAGAGGCCUCGGAGCCCCAGGGAGCCGUUCCGGGAAGAAUAUCAUUGACUUCGGCCUGGAUGAGGAAGAGGAAGCCCUGAGGGGGCAGGCCGGGAAGGACGGGGGCAGGCCAAGAAGAGGGACGGCUCCGAGCUCCCGGAAGGAUGCGUCGACGUCCCCCGGACUGACAGGCUGCAGAAAAGAGCUUGUAACCGCAGCCACGUCCCCAAUCCGGCGUGACACCUCAGGAUACGAGGCCUCCCUCUUCGACCUGAUCGAAGCAAUGAGUCCCAGGCUCCAGCAUCACUGUCGCGAACAUUGCGGCCUCCAUGGAGCACUCGCCCCACGAAGCAGGAGCCGGAAGGACGCUGGCUGGUGUCGAAGCCCCUCCCAGCCCAGAAAUGGAGCUGCUGAGCUAGAGGAGAGCCGGAUUUUGGAGGAGAUCUUUUUCAUUUGACGGGCUCUACAGCCCACGCGGCCUUUCUCAAUGGAUCAGAGGACCUUUCCCCUACCCUUUUCUAAUAUUGGGUGUGUUUACAUGUCAGGGUAUUGGUUUUAAAUUAUUCGAUAGACAGGUUGUUGUCUCCUAACUUCCCCUUAGCAAAUUGAUACCAUCUCCCUGUCCAGCUUCCAAAUCAUGUCAUAAAAGUAUACUGAGGUU